UUCGUCGCUGAUGCAACGGUUGGUUCCUCCCGUUUGUUUUGCUUUGGCUAAAUAAGUAAUCGGCUACGUUUCCGCUUUCCAAGGUUUUGGCGUGAUAGACGACACGGCAGAUAUAUCAAACGAAAAGUUGAGUCUCUUUAUACACAGAUACAAACACGACAAACGCAGUUACUUUGUUUUAGAACUUAUCGGCAACGAAAAUAAAUCCGAGCUUUAAUAGCCUUUAUGUUGCAGCGUUGAGUUGAAACAGGUCUUCAGUCGUGUCAUUUAAGUUCAGAUAUGCUCUAAUUAAUGUUGUGAAGCUGAUUUUGCCCCCGGUCUAGUUACGUUAAGGUUGUGCGUAUAUUAUUUAGGCUCGGGCAAGUCUAAAGACAGAUUAUAUUCAUAUAGGUAGACAUAAAGGUGCCAGCAAUAGUAACGGUUAAUUAAUGAUUUUAAUUUGGUUAGUAUGUUAUUAUGGAUACGAAAGCAAACAAAACCAAAGUAAAUAAAGUGCCAGGCAUUCGACCACAUAUGUGCGAGACAUGCGGGAAACGGUUUUCGCUGCUUGAAAACAUGCACAGACACCAACUUAUACAUUCGAACGACCGCCCGUUUAAAUGCCCACACUGCAGUAAAAACUUUCGGCUGUCGCAACACCUAAAAGAACACAUCAGAAUACAUACAGGUGAGAAGCCGUUCAAAUGCGACAUCUGUGGACACGCAUUUUGUCAGAUUUCGAACCUUAAGUCGCACCAGAAGACACACAGUAAAGAGAAGAGUUUUAGUUGCGAUAUUUGCGGGAAAGGAUUCAGGCGUUCAUUUACACUCAAACAACACAAACUAAUCCAUCAAAGAAAUAAAUCGUUCAAUGCGACCGACGGUGCAACAAAACCAAAAUGCAUAAACAAGAUUGAAGACACGGAUAAGGAAUUCAGAAGAGAUGAAAGUUAUGUUUUCACCUCAAGCGAUCGAAGUCGAACAAAUGACACAAUGACGUCAUCAAAUGCAAAAUCUGUGACGUCAAACCCGAAUGACGUAGCGGAAAUUACGUCAACCUCGACUGUGGUGUCGCCAACGUGGAGCGAAAAUUCGGUGCCGAAUUAUUUCGGCAACCAGGCGCAUGGUGGCGCUACGGAGAUGUGGCCGGAAUUAAAUGCCCUGGCUCGCUUGACGUGCCAGCAACAUUUCUCACAUAAUAGGGGUCACUGUGUAAGCAAGGACGAAAACAAUAAUACCCAUAGCGAGCAGAAGGUGCUUGGAGACUACAAAUGGAAGCGAGACCUUAGCCGUGAGUGGAUAUGCGACGAACGAAUAAAGAUACAAGAAACCAAUAAUUCCGAGGAAAACUUAUCCCCUGUCUCGAUGGUGACGUCACAAACGUCUUGUGACGUCAUAAGCAACUCCGAAAUAAAAACAUCCCGAAAAAUCUCGUUCGACGACGAAAGCAGAAACCCGUGGUUAUUACACGGAAAUCACGCGCUGAAUAGUUUGGCCGGUUUUGUAUCGGUUCCGGGGAUUCCCCCGCCCUCUGCUACGUCACUGGUAGGGUAUAAUCCUUUCGGUUUGGUUCCAAUGGUAGAAUGGCAGCCUGUUAUUACUGGCUGGAGGUCUGUGUUGGAUGGGAACGUAUAUGCGGUGGCAGAUUAAUGAAUGAAAAAUAUUAAAAAAAAAACAGAAAUGAACAAAAAUUCAUUUUGGUCACUCGCGAGCAAAAAAAAGUGUUAUAAUAUGGUUGUGUCCAUUGUGCGCCAUAAGUAUAUGGUGGCUUAACACACCUCGUUUUUUAUUUGGUUCCAGUUUAAAUCUGGGCUGCUAGAAUCACAUAAUGAUACGAAUGGUAACAUAUAUAUAAAGCAACUGUUUCCAACAUAUCGUGUGGAACAGAAUAUAUAUGUUUCAGUUUGCCCAUUUCUGUUUCAAGUAUCCUCGUACAGUUUGUAAUUAUUCUUUCUAUUCUUUCAUUGCAGCUACCAUGAAAUAACCUUAUACUUGCAUUAACGCUUAACAUUAGAGUCACAACUAUAUUUUUUCACCCUAAUAAACUACUUUAACGCAAUUUUAUUCUGCAUUAUAAGGUAUUAAGACAAUUUAAAGCCAUAAAUUCCAAAUACCAAAAUUUCAAAACCCUACUGUUUAGUCUUGUGUGUCAAAGGUUAAGGGUUCGAGGCUUGUCUCUGCUACCAAUAUAAAGCGCGUGUUCUCCAACCAAGUGACCACUAAUGGGUUUUCUAAAUUGUAGGCUAAACAGGAAAAAUGAUCAUCCCAUAAGUCACGCACGCGGUAACUUAGAUAAGUCACGUACCAAAAGUAAGUGUUUCAUGUAACACAGAGGUUGAGAUAUAGGUUUCUAACUUCGCGUUUACUCACCAUUACUUGGCGGGGACCGGUGGCGGGUAUUCCGGCCAAAAAUCGAAGACAUCGUCGAUGUUAAUACCCAUACGCGCGCAUUGGAAUAUACAAUCAAUAGAUAGCGGACUAUAUUGUAUUGUGGUAGUAUUCCUACGUUGAGAAUAACUCUUUUUUUACGAUCUUUGAUUCGCCGACUUCAAAGGGGAGACAUAUUUGUUCUAAAUUCUUAUAGCAAAUUUUUAACAUAAAUGUUUUGAUAUUUUUAAUGUAUAUUUCGUACGUUGGUUCGGUUUAAUGAAAAUGUACGAUAUCUCAUUUUAAUGGCUUUAAGACUCACGGGUAAAAACAAAGACGCUUUUGGGGAAAAUUUCCUAAAAACACAAUUUUAUUAAUUUAAUAUAACUUUCGGAAUGCUGUAAUGACAAUACACAGCAUUAGGCGUAAUGAAAAGUAUUCAUGCGGAAAAUAUAUUAAA